AUGCCCUUAUAUGUAAAAUUUCUUAAAGAACUCAUUAACAAGAAGAGAAGCUGGAAUGAGAAGGAGACCGUGAUCUUGACACAAGAAUGCACUGCAGUAAUUCAAAAAGGUCUCCCACCAAAACUCAAAGAUCCUGGGAGCUUCUUUUUGCCUUGCACUAUUGGAAACAUGUCCAUUGAUAAGGCACUGUGUGAUCUAGGAUCAAGUAUCAAUCUGAUGCCUUUAUCUAUGAUGAAAAGGUUGUCUAUAGAAGAAGUAAAGCCUACAAGGAUGUCCUUGCAACUUGCUGGUAGAUCAAUGGUAAUCCCCAAUGGAGUGGUUGAAAAUCUUUUAGUUAAGGUGGAUAAGUUCAUAUUUCCAGCGGAUUUUGUAAUCCUGGAUCUAGAUAUAGAGGAAAGUGAUUCUAUCAUAUUAGAAAGAUCUUUCUUAGCCACAGCAAGAGCCAUUAUUGAUGUGGAGAAAGGAGAAAUAACCUUGAGGGUACAUGAUGAGCAUAUCACCUUACAUGUCUUUAAGGAGAUGCAACCUCCUAUUGAAAAGAGAGGCUGCAUGAGAAUUGAGGAGGAAGACUUAAACUGGAAGGAAAAGCCCAAGGAAUCACUCAUCAGCUUACCCUUAGUACAGAAGGAAGACAUUGAAGAAAAACAAAAGGGCCAUGGGGAUAAGAAAGCUAACGAAGAGGCUAUGAAUUUGAUCACUAAGAAAAAGGACCCUCACAUCAAGCAUGCUGCCAAGAAAGGAAAAUCAUUAAAAAAGAAAAAAAAAGAACAAGAAACAGGUUCCAAAAGGGUGGAGAAAAAAGAAAAUCCCAACUGA